AGGAGGGAUGUGACGUGAGCGAGCGGGAGUAUGGAAAACCGAACACUGGAUAAUCCCUCUCUCUCUCUCUCUCUCUCUUUCUGUCUCAUCCUCCUCUUUUCCUUCACUCAGCGUGUCACUAGUCCACAUUCUUGAUCUUCUUCUGACCAGAGGGGAAAAAAACAAUCAGUCCACCAUUUAUACGCGCUGACAGUGACAUGCAGCACAGAGGGCGGCUGCUGCUGCUGCAUACACAGAGCAACAUUACAACCUCAGAGGGGAUCCAGUCAGGACUAAAGCCAGAAAUCUGACUCAGGAGCUUCAUUUCCAGACAUCUGUUUUCCUCCUCAGCCCUGCAGCAGGAAGCAAAGCAGAAGGGUAAGAAGGUGACUGCAGCCGGUGAUGGAGCUGGUCGUCUGACGCGUGACGUCCUGGGAAGGCUUGAAGAACGUACCGACAAGGACCGAGCACGAUGAACGGUCAGGACAAAUGGGUCACACUGACCCCGGCAGAGUUUGCCCUGCUGCAGGAAUACACCCACUACUCCACCAAGAAGCUGAAGGAUGUGUUGCAGGAGUUCCAUGGAGACGGAGUGUUGGCUAAAUACAACCCAGAGGAGAAGCAGGAAGUCCUCAGUCAGGAGAUUGACUUCGAAGGCUUCAAGGUCUUCAUGCAGACGUUCCUGGAGAGUGAACUCCCUGAGGAGUUCUGUCAACAUCUCUUCAUGUCGUUUAGCAACAAGGGACCCAAACCCAGUCCCUCAUCUGCUGACAAGCCCAGAGUCUCUGGCCUUAAGCUCAUCAAAAGCAACUCGACUCCUCUGAAGACCCCUGCCCCGCCCGGUCCUCUGGAUACGGUGCAGCUGAAGGAUAUUGUGUUUUACCUCUCGCUGCUGGAAGCCGGGCGCCCUGAGGACAAACUAGAGUUUAUGUUUCGUCUCUACGACACAGAUGGAAACGGAUCGCUGGAUAGCUCGGAGCUGGAGCACAUUAUCUCCCAGAUGAUGCACGUAGCAGAGUACCUGGAAUGGGACGUGACGGAGCUCAAACCAAUCCUCCAGGAAAUGAUGCAGGAGAUCGACUACGAUCAGGACGGCACGGUGUCCCUGGGGGAGUGGAUCCAAGGAGGCCUGACCACCAUCCCGCUGCUGGUCCUGUUGGGCCUGGAGACGAAUGUGAAAGACGAUGGGCAGCACGUGUGGAGGCUGAAGCACUUCAACAAACCCGCCUACUGUAACCUGUGUCUCAACAUGCUAAUUGGGCUGGGGAAGCAGGGACUCUGCUGCUCAUUUUGCAAGUAUACGGUCCAUGAGCGCUGUGUGGCUCGCGCUCCGCUUUCUUGCAUCAAAACAUACGUGAAGUCCAAGAAAAACACUGAGGUAAUGCAUCAUUUCUGGGUGGAGGGGAACUGCCCCACCAAGUGUGACAAGUGUCACAAAACCAUUAAGUGUUACCAGGGCCUGACUGGGCUCCACUGUGUGUGGUGUCAAAUCACGCUCCAUAACAAGUGUGCUUCCCACGUCAAACCUGAGUGUGACUGCGGACCCCUGAAGGAUCACAUCCUGCCCCCAAACUCAAUCUGCCCCGUCGUCCUGGAACGGCAGUCCACUCUGAGGAAGGACUCGCGGUCCAGUCAGUCGAGUCGAGGAAAGAUGCAGAGAGCGAACUCGGUCACAGUGGACGGCCAAGGACUGCAGAUCACAACAAUAGAGGGCACUCAUCCUCUGCUGGUGUUUGUCAAUCCGAAGAGCGGGGGCAAGCAGGGGGAGAGGAUUUAUAGAAAGUUCCAGUAUCUCCUGAACCCGAGACAAGUGUACAACCUGGCCAAGAAUGGACCAAUGCCGGGUUUGAACUUCUUCCGAGAUGUUCCUGAUUUUAAAGUCUUGACCUGCGGGGGAGACGGCACUGUGGGCUGGAUCCUGGACUUUAUUGAUAAGGCCAACCUGGACAGGAACCCCCCUGUAUGUAUACUUCCUCUUGGCACGGGCAAUGACUUGGCGAGAUGUCUGCGAUGGGGAGGAGGCUAUGAGGGCGAAAACCUCCUGAAGAUCCUUCGGGACAUUGAGAACAGCACAGAGGUGAUGCUGGAUCGCUGGAAGAUCGAUGUGACAUCUGCUGACAAGGAGGAGCGAGGGGACCCGGUGCCUUACAGCAUUAUGAACAACUACUUCUCCAUAGGAGUGGAUGCAUCUAUUGCACAUCGUUUCCAUGUGAUGAGAGAAAAGCACCCUGAGAAAUUUAACAGCAGAACAAAGAAUAAGCUGUGGUACUUUGAGUUCGGCACUUCGGAGACGUUUUCGGCCACGUGUAAGAAGCUCCAUGACUUCUUGGAGGUGGAGUGUGAUGGCGUCACCCUGGACCUCAGCAGUAUCUCCUUAGAAGGCAUUGCUGUCCUCAACAUUCCCAGCAUGCAUGGCGGCUCCAAUCUUUGGGGCGAGAGCAAGAAGAGGCGAGGUCAGCGCAAGGCCGGGAAGAAGAGUCAAGAAAAACGGACACCAGUGGUCGACCCCAAAGAGCUCAUGUUUGCUGUCCAAGAAAGCUCCGGAUUCACCGCUGCACACUCGGAUCAGGGCAGACGCCUGUCCAUCACCAUGGUGACAGCUGGACACCGGAGCUCGGCAGCGGCAUCAACAUCUCACCCCGAGCAGCAACAUCGGCUGCGACACUCCUCCAGGAAACCAACCCGACUCCCACGAACGCGACAGCCGCCGAGCUCCGCGGCGUGACAGCGAGCUGACGCUCUCACGCGCAAACUGCAAACGGCUCUUUGUUUCAAUUAGUAUCUGGAUCCUCCCAGCAGCGUUGCAGCGGCUUCCUAAUCUGUGGAGGGACGAGUCGACGGAGCGGGCCCCUGGAACAGAUGGGCCCUGCGUGACGCUGAGCUUCCAGCAGGGUCAAAAUCAAUGCUCAUAACUGAAAAACAGCACAGAAAUUAAUAAUUAUAUUAUCACAAGAUUGCUCUGCAUUGCCGGUGCAAUCUAAUUAAUUGCUGUUUUGUUUGUAGCUUGUUGCCUCGUUUUCCUUUUUUCUUCUUUUUUCAUGGGAAACUGUGAAUGUUGCGCGUUUCGGAAGCACAAACCUGAAGUGAGGAACAACGACGUCUCUUUUAUUCACCUGCUUCCUCUCUCGUCUUCAUUGCUACAUUCUCUGCUCUGUGUUUAUUUGUAGAAAACAGUUUGCAGGAUAUUCCUAUGACCUUUUUGAGCUCUUCCUUUU